AUGUCGACCUCGCAAGCCUCACUCGUCGCGCCUCGCAGCUCCCCUCUGCAAUGCUACGCACAUGUGUCCUUCCUCGACCUCACGCACAACGCGCUUACAUCGAUUGCCGGGAUCGAUGCCCUGCGGUGCCUGCGCUCGCUGCGCCUCGCGUUCAACAGACUGACUUCGCUGGCGCCGCUCUGGGCGUCGCCGUCCGUAGCGCAGCUCGACGUGCUCGAUGUGAGCUCGAAUGCGCUGACGGAGCUGCUCUCCGCAGAGGAUGUGCACGCCUUGAAAGGGCACCAGAUUCGCAUCGUCACGCACCCCACGCAGGCGCACAGCACCGCCCACGGGUGCCCCAACGCCAAGCGGGGCGUGUACAAAACAAUGCGGCUGCGGGUUCUGUACGCAUCCGACAACCAAUUUUGCGAGGUGCCGAGUGCGAUCUACACCUUCACGCAGCUGACGGAUCUGCGACUGAGCAAGAACGUAAUCGAGAGUGUGCCGGACGGCUUUCCGGUGCGGGCAUGUCUGCCGAAGCUGACGCGUUUAGAUUUGAGCAUGAACAAGCUCCCCGCUGCCAUAGUCGAGGCCGUGACAACGCGCGCCGAAGAGGCGGCUGAGUCUCCGCUCCAUCGUCGCCGUGCUUCGGCGCACCGUUCUCGCGGUGACACCGACCCCUCGGCGGGCGCAAAGACUGCCGCCCUUUCUUCGUCCGUCUCGAGUGCAUUUAAGGCCGGGGACGGUGCCUCAUCGGAGGAGGCAGGAAGGGACGCUGUGCACGGCGCCGAAUGCAGUCACGAUAUCCAGUCGCGUGUGGCAGGCGGAGUCAACGAAAAUGGCCGAGCGGCUGCGGAGGAGGGUGAUGGCGUUUCAGCGGUCAAUGGCUCGGGGCAGCGCCGCUCAUCGUCCUCGGCGGCAAAGGUGGCCGAUGACGCGGAGUCGAACGGAAGCCGAGGCACUCUGCUCCAGGUGAAGGAAGAUGCGGCAGUCUCACCUCGGCCGCCGACCAAAACGCGUCAUGAGAGCGCCUCGGCCACAGCGUCCAGUCCGUCCAAGCGGAAGGCGACCGCCUCUCUGCCGCCCACGACGCCCGCCAUCGCUACCGUAUCCGCUCAGAAGUCGCAGCAGCAAGACGCCGUUCAAUGCGUAGCGGAGAAUGUCUACAGUAUAGAUCUCAGUCUGUGGGCUGCGGUGGUGCGUCGGCGGCUUGAGGAGGUGCUGCAGAGAUUGUCUGACAGCGACGCGAGUGGCGCAACGGGAGCGGCGUCAACGUGCUCCAUGCACGAGCUGCUGGUGUCCCUCUCCGACACCCUCGGCGGAAACAACGGCGGCGGUGGUGCGACUGCGCUGCCGCGCUAUCGACGCCGUCCGGCGGCCACGGCCCGCACGAUGGCGGCCUUUCUGCAGUGUCUGCCGUCGUGCUCCCUCUCCUACAGCGAAGAGGCCCAAGGGCGUUGCCCGCCUCUUCUGCUGCUCACCGGCAUAUCCGCUGCCGUGGCGGCAGACGAGAGCGAGCUGCUCCUCUACGAGGUGUUGGCCCUUCACAUUGUGCACAACUGCCUGUGCACCGCAAAGAGUGCCCCCGGUGGAGUGAGCCCGCCGUACGCAGCAUCCACGGCCUCCACUGUGGCGCUGAAUGCGGCUGAACUGAUAUUGCAGCAAGCGUGCAAAUACGAGAACAGCAGCGAGCCACUCCACCGCACCGAAGCGCCGGCGGCCGAUCGCGCGAGCGGCGGUGAACUGCCUCCGCUACGGCCAGGUAGCCCAGGAGGCGGUCGAGGGGGCGGCACUUCGCGGCAGCUGAAUUUCGCUGUGCCGCUGCAAGCCGUUCACGUAAUUGCUUGCACAGGCGCUGCAGCCACCCCUCACAGCUCCACGUCGGCCUUGUGGGCGUAUCUCACCUGGCGGCAGCGCUGGGAGGCUGCCGUGUCUCGCCGCCGGUUCCCGAACAAGAGCGACUACGUCUGUGAGCUUGGGAAGCAGGCCGCGGAUGAGCCUGCGCCGCACUCGCUUUCGUCUAACACGCCGUCACCGACGGCGGAAGCGAAUGGCAGCGACACUCACGCGGCCCCGCAUUGUGCGGCAGCGGUGCCCCUUUAUCCCUUCGCUGCAAACUCUCCCGUCCCACGCACACGGGAAGGGGGCGUUCUGCACGAGUACAGACCCGCGUCGUACUGCGCCGUGCCGCCUGCGUGGGAACUUCUCUACGAUCUUCUUCUCCGCCCAUCCGCGCCGGAAAAGACAGCGCUGAAGCGGCCGCACGUACCUGCCGUGCCGCCACUGUUGGCCGGGGUGGGCAGUCGCGUGCAACACUUGCGUGGCACACCCGUGUCUCUCGCAUGCGCGCUGCUCUGCGCCGUUGACUAUUCGGGCUGUGCUGGGGCAUCGACCAUGUGUGCGUCUCCGACAUUGCCGGUGCUGCGCUGGCCAACGCCGGGCACUGGAGGCCCUACCGCUAGCGGCGCUAGCAACGGCACUUCCGCGAUCACCGCGUUCCACGCCCCGUGUGAGGGCGUCAUUCGCCGCGCUCUCCAGUGGCGCCAACACAGCCAGCAGCUGUGGAGUAAUGUGGAGAGGGAAGCCGACAUUGUCGCCGCGGAGCAGGUGACGUCGUGCAGCAUGCCGCUGUACAGCGCCGAGGAAGUACUCCAGAGCCAGCAGGCGGCUGUUGCGGCACUGAUUUCUCCGGAUGCGCAUGAUAGUUGCCUGCGCUGCGAGGUGUCCGGGGAGGAGGGCGUCUCAGAGGAGGCGCCUCAGACACAGUUGGGCAGCCUUGCUUCGGCGAAGCCGCUAUCGCAACUGCGUCGCUCUGACUCAAGCGCUGCGGCAUCCUGCUCCGCAGAGACAUGUGAAAGCGAGACGGCCACCGCCACAGACAGAAUCAUGUGGUGCUGCGAAAGUGAAGGGAGCAGCAGACCCGCAGUGGCGGCUGGUGCUAAUGGCGGGUGCACUCCAGCUGCUGCAGCGGAUGCGGUGGGCAGCGAGGCAGAUGGGCUAGGCGGCGUUGAAGAACAAGACGCCGCCGACGCAGUCGCGAGACUCGACGCGGCGCCCAAUGGCAAUGCAGCAACGGCAACGGCAGCGCAGAGCCUUUAA